CUUCCAUCACUGUCCACAAAGUUGAGUGGAAAUGUACCUGAACUUCCUAUUCCUGUUUCCGGUGCUGUGGCUAUUGGUACUUAACUCCAGCAGGAUUCAAGGCCAGAAAAACAAAAACAGCAACGAGUUCCCAGAAAAUUUUCCUGAGCUACUCAAUCAUCAAGAUACUUCCUUGGCUCCAGAUUGUCCUAAAAAAUGCACCUGCACCUCAGAAGGAAUUGUGGAUUGUGGUGGAUUUUCACUGAAGGAAUUUCCCAUGGAUGUCCCAGAAAUGACAAGCCACCUUUCCUUACAGAACAACCAGAUAGAAAAAAUCAUUCCAGAACAGCUUGCACGUCUCCCUUGGCUAGAAACAUUGAAUUUACAAAACAACAGACUCACAUCCAAAGGGCUUCCAGAGAAUACAUUUGACCAGCUGGAGAAUCUGAAUUACCUGUACCUUGCAAAUAACCAGGUUAGCAAAUCAUAGGCUUGAUUCCCAGCCUUGUUUCUGUCUAUCUCUGUCUCCUUCUGUCUCCUCUUCCCCUACCACCAUCUGUUUUCUUCUGAUAGGUCCGUCUAUCUUCACAACAAUAAGCUUGAUGAUGCCGGACUACCAGAAAACAUGUUCAAUGGUUCUGACAACGUGGAAAUCUUGAUCAUGUCCAGCAACUUCUUAAAAUAUGUUCCGAAGAAUCUACCACGAGCAUUGUAUAAGCUACAUCUUAAGAAUAACAAAUUGGAGAAGAUUCCUGUAGGAGCUUUCAAUGAGCUGUCAGAACUUCGAGAACUAUAUUUGCAGAAUAAUAAAUUAACCAAUAAGGGGAUGGACAAUGAAACCUUCUGGAAACUCUCAAGCCUUGAGUACCUGGAUUUGUCUAGCAAUAACCUUUCCCAGAUUCCACCCGGUUUGCCUCGAAACAUUGUUCUUCUCCACUUGGAGAAGAAUGCAAUAAGAUCAAUUGGUAAUGAUGUCUUGACCCAAAUCAAGAACCUGGAAUAUCUUCUGCUUCAUAAUAACAAACUGAAGGCCCGAGAGAUCCAUCCACUGGCUUUUCAUGGCCUGAAGAAAUUGCACACUGUUCAUUUGUACAACAACCUACUGGAAAAAAUCCCCAGUGGGCUGCCCAGACGAGUAAAAACUCUUAUGAUUCUCUACAAUCAGAUUUCAGAAAUUGGCAGGGAAGAUUUUGCUACCACUUAUUUCAUGGAGGAACUAAACCUGAGUUACAAUAAGAUCACUAGCUCACAGAUUCACCGGGAGUCUUUCCGUAAACUGAAACUACUGAAGUCCUUGGAUUUUUCUGGCAAUAAACUCCGCACCAUGCCUUAUGGCUUCCCCAAGAAUCUGCAAAGCCUCAAGUUAAAAAUGAAUUUGAUCAGUUCCAUUCCCAAAGGCACACUCUCUGGAAUGGCAAAGCUACAGGAGCUGUAUCUGAGUGCCAACAAAUUGAAAAACAAUUUAAUUCACAGCGGAUCAUGGAGAGAUCUCGCCAGUCUUAAGAUACUGGACAUGGCUGCCAAUCAUCUGACUUCUAUUCCAUCUGGUUUACCAGAAACUCUCGAGUAUCUGUAUCUCCAGAGCAACAAGAUCAGCACUGUGCCAGAGGAUGCCUUUGAUUCUACCCCCAAUAUAAAGGGAAUUUACCUCAGGUUUAACAAGAUUGCAUUCAGUGCUGUGAAAGAAAGCACUUUCCAAAGACUAAAGCACCUGCAAGUGCUGGACAUUGAAGGAAAUUUUGAAUUCAGUGACCCUUUGAAAAAUGAAGAUCACUCAGAGGAGGAAAUGGAGGAAGAGGACUAAGGGGAAGUGGCGUUUACCUGAAAACAAAUCUUUGCUGAUCCAAGUGUAUCCACAUGGUAGAAGAUUAAGUUAAAUGCUUUUCUAAGGACACACAUAAAUUAUCUCAUUUACUCAACCCACGCAGCUGUGACAAAAACAAAGCUCUUUAUGGCCCCACCCCAUGAAUGGCUAAGUUAGCAAAUAAACAUAUAGUUCACAAGCCUACAUCAUUAUAAUUGGUGACAUCACAGAUGAACAAGUGAUAAGGAUAGUGUAUCACA